AUGCGGUGGCUUGCUAGACACGCCUUCGAGCGUGGGUUGGGCUUUCUUUCCCUCUUGACUUUGGCAACAGCAAACCAAGUGCUUGACCUUGGAGCUCUUGACCAGUACACACCCCUUCGGAACCCCCCCUCAACCCUGCCCUCAAACACAGUCUGGCUUUCCGCCAAGGAUGAUGACCAUGAACGUGGAUUCCUGGUUGCCGUCUCCCCAGAUGUCAAGAAAAAGAUCAACGACGCUCUGAAGGACUGUCCGACUGUCGACAACCUUUGCUUCCAAUAUGUAAGGGGAAUCCUCCGCGAGGCCGACUUGGAAGUCGACAGCAGCGUCAGUCGCCGAGACUUCUCACGCAUCGUUUCGCGCUUUGUCUUGCUUCUUGGUGGCUUGUUCGUAGGAAUUGCUUCCGUUUUCAUCGCCCAAGAAAUGUUAAGUCAGCAGCACGAAGUCCCCUUAUCCCAGUUUCUUCCUGCCGCCCAGGCUACUCAGGUUACUGCCAUCACUAAUGGUGUGCCACUGACCGUAUCUGCGGCUGGGACCGCUGUGGUGACGGUGACCAUGGCUCCAGAUCCGACCACAGUUACCGGCCUUGUCACCCCCAGCGCCACUGCCGUUACAGGCAAUGACAAAGACGCGGUUGCUGGAGACACCAUCAUCACCCUAGACGCAUCCCUGGCUAGCCGCCUGUCCGAAAUCAUGCGCCGAACAACAGACUGCAAAGAAGGCAGCGACUUUAACGCAGAGCAGGGAUCAAAGCGCGAUACCAAGUAUGGCGCCGUAGUGUGUGGUGUUCGGGGAGCCGUCGAGAUGGCCACUCCCGGUGGACCUCUGCACGAUCUGACUCUCAUCCGAGUUGCCACCCCCGACCUCCUCUCCAAGCUCCGAGCCCCUCUGACCGCGGCAGCUCAGCGUGCAAUUGACAUCGCAAAGGACUAUGCCCCGUUACUGGAGAUGCCACCGGGAGUCUUCGACGACAUCAUCGUCCUCGUCUUUGCCUUGGGCGUCCACAAUAUCAUCGAUAACGUUCCCCUGAGCGGAAGGAACAUUAUUCCCAAGGACAUCCUAGAUAAUUCCAAGCAGAUUACUACUACCACAGCGACAUCGUGCACCAGUACCGCAACGGCUUGCCAAGCAACCUGCACCGAAGUGGGCGCCCAGUUCUUCGCUUGCAAAACCAGUUGUGGAAGCUGUGUCACUCAGACGACCUCGAUUCAGACCGUCACCACCAUUGCCUGGCCGGGACCUGCAGGAGGAGGACCUGUGGUCCCAACCGCCACCGCCCAUCCCGAAUGCCAGAUGAACCAGCCAGGCAUCCUGCCCUGGAACAUCUUUGACGGCUCCGAAUACAACGUCAUCAGCAACUUCUGCUCCGAAGUUGACCGCCAGCCUGCCUCUUCCCGCUCUUGGAUUGUCGACUCAAAGGGCAACAAGAUCCCCGUGCUGAAACAAGUCAAGCCCUCCCACUCCAUCUCCAAUAAACGAUCACCACCCACAACCCCAGACACUUACAAAGACUACCGCGUCUCCCUGCAAUGGCGACCUUCCCAUUCCUCCGCACAAUCCGGCUGUCCCAUGAGCUGCGCUGAAGCCUACCGCGCCAUCGCCGACUCUCCAUGCGGUCAUACAGGCGGCGAACAAAACGUCAUGGCCCUCUCCGGUUCUCUGGACGUUACCUGUGGCACUUAUUCGUACCACAUUAUCCCUCCUGGUUCUUCUUCCGACAGCGGCGGUACGCCCCUGGCCCUCCAGGAGCAGCAAUGCUACCUCGAGUCACAGUGGCCGAAGCACUUUGACGUGCACGAGGGGUCAGUCAAGCAGGCUGCCAAGGUGGCGUGCGGCAGCGAACUCAAGUUGCCGGAGAAGAUGAGCAAGGAUAGCAAAGCAUGGGAGGAUGUGCAUAUGUGGGGACGGACGGGGAUGAAGUUGAAGAUGCGCGUUGAGUGGAAGGAUGGGUGUGUGUUGGCGGGUGGUGUGGCAGAGCAGGAGCCGAGGAGGCCGUUGGGCGCCGGGGGUGUGGACGGGAAGGAUGGGUGUUAUGAGUUACUUUACAACGAUUGGAAGAAUUGCAACAACGGGGGUGUGGGUGGCUACCGACAAGCUGGCUGCUUGGUGUAUUCCUUUUCACCGAAGUGAAGAGUGGGAUCUUUGUGGGAGGGCCCUAUACCUUUGACCCGCCGCCACUCGCCUAGGUACCCUAGUAUUCAUUAGAGGUACUUGUUCACUUUGUUGUUCCAACGUACAGUUAGGUAGUGAUUGGUGAAAAG